GACUUGAAAAUAAAUGAGUUGGGAGAGCGAUGAGACGAAAGAUUGAAAAAUCAGAGUAAUGAGAUCUUCUUGCGAUCGGUUGCAGGAAGCUUUGUUGCAGUGCCAUCGUCGGAUGCCGGAAGGACAAGCGCGCAGGUCUGGAUGCAGACAUCUGAACAAAGCGUUGGCGGAGUGCGUGGUGGGGGAGGCUUGCCCUGAGGAAUAUGAGGCGGUGAGGUCGUUUUGCUCAAGCGGGGGAACCAGCCUGAAGCGGAAACAGUGCGAGGAGGCUCAGUUCUCACUUUCUCUCUGUCUUUCUGGCCAUCAGAGAGACUUUGAGCAGCAGCCUUAGUUAACGAACGAACCACAAGAGAGAGGAGUGAGGAUGAAUUGGCAUUGUUGGAUCGGGUGAGCUUGGAAUUAGGGUGUAGUGAAUUUCGAUUGAAUAUUUGAUCUCAUCAGCUUUGUGUUUGUGGUGUUGAGGGAAGCUUUUACCACCUCCAAAUGGUAGAGAAUGUGAAGAAUAAUUUUAAGAGAGGAUCAAAAGUUGGGGUGGGUUCAUCUGCAAAGUAAUCCUCUUUAGAUUGGUUUAAAUGUGUUAUAAAUUGGAGGGAAAUCAAGAAUCUAUUGUGGUGGAUUGCAAUGAAACGUUCAUCUGCAAUGAUUGAAUCUUGUAACGGUAUUCAGCUCUGUAGUUGGGGAUGAUGUUGCUUUCUCAUGAAUUUGUAUGAUUAGAAUUUUACAAACAUUGCUGCUUCUGUUUUAUGUACAGACGUUAGAGUCAAACAGCUUAUUAGCCUCUCUGCUGCUGCUGCGAGUGUGAUCAAUCAAACGAUCUCAGGUCUAUUGUUUACUUGGUAAUACGUUUUGUUCUCCAUUGUUGGGAGAGGAUGAAGAAGAAACUUCAUUGUAUCCUCCUGCACACUACACCUUCGUUUUAGUAUUUUGAUUCCUCGUGCCGUUUUCUAGAUUUUACACUACAAAAAUUCAAUCUUUGUCAAGUUGAACAUGUUUUUAUUUCCCCUUUCUAUCAGUUUUUUAUUUACACCAUCUCUCGUCCAUCCACUCGCUCGGCCACGUUGAUAUAUCACAAAUAAAGGUAAAAGCCACAAAAUAGAAUUCGAUUUUGGAGUGAUUCUCCGGCGACGAUAAGCAAAAAAAGAGAUAGAAUGGGAAGGUCACUAAUUUUCUCGGGAAGCAUGUCAAUGAGAAUCUCUCACUUAUCCAGAUCAUCUCUCCCUCUCACAACCCCAUUUUCAUGCCGGGCAGUAGUAACCAGAGAUUUCCGACAUGGAUUGUUGUGUUCAACGAUUUCGUCUAACGGCUCCACGACAAGACUCCGAACAAAAGCUGUUCUGUCUGAUCAGAAGCAGCAUUAUCCCAGAAUCGGCGCUAAAACCACCGGACCUAUCUCCCCGGCACAUCUCCUUCAAGUCGUCGAAGCCGCCGCUAAAACCGGAGCAGAGCUGGUAAUGGAAGCUGUAAACAAGCCAAGGAAUAUCACUUAUAAAGGCCUUAGUGACCUUGUAACUGAUACUGAUAAAGCAAGCGAGGCUGCUAUUUUGGAGGUAGUGAAAAAGAAUUUCAGUGAUCAUCUUAUCCUUGGUGAGGAAGGUGGUAUCAUCGGCGAUUCCUCUUCUGAUUACCUCUGGUGCAUCGAUCCUCUUGAUGGAACAACCAAUUUUGCUCAUGGAUAUCCCAGUUUUGCUGUUUCCGUUGGUGUUCUCUAUCGUGGAAAUCCCGCUGCUGCUUCUGUGGUAGAGUUUGUUGGUGGUCCAAUGUGCUGGAACACUCGAACCUUUUCUGCUACUGCAGGCGGUGGAGCUUCGUGUAACGGGCAGAAAAUCCAUGUCAGUAACACCGAUGCUGUGGAGAGAGCACUUCUUAUCACAGGGUUUGGAUAUGAACAUGAUGAUGCGUGGAGUACUAACAUGGAGCUUUUCAAAGAGUUCACUGAUGUGAGCCGAGGAGUGCGAAGGCUCGGUGCUGCAGCAGUCGACAUGUGUCACGUGGCUCUCGGGAUUGCCGAAUCGUAUUGGGAGUACCGUUUAAAGCCAUGGGACAUGGCUGCUGGUGUUCUUAUAGUUGAGGAAGCUGGAGGAGCUGUGACUCGUAUGGAUGGAGGGAAGUUCACUGUGUUCGAUAGGUCUGUUUUGGUGUCCAACGGCGUUCUUCAUUCCAAGCUUCUGGAUAGAAUCGCACCAGCUACUGAGAAUUUGAAGACGAAAGGAAUCGAUUUCUCCUUAUGGUUUAAGCCUGAAGAUUAUCAUACAGAACUUUAAGUUUUUGUGUUUGUUCAAGAAAGGUAUCAUAUUGCUAUAUGGCUUUUACCUCUUUGAGUUACAUUAUUAUAUUAUAUGAAUAAUCGGUGGAACUUUAGUUACAAUAAGAUUUGUGUUUCCAACAA